AUCUGACAGCUUGAUAACUUCAACCACUGAUUUGUCCAGAGAAGACUUGAAAACUUUUGGAAAGACCUGCCUUCCUACCUGCCUGUUUGUUGUAACCAGUCUUCCUGCCUACAUACAGUAUCUACAAAAACCUGCCAGGCUCUGAACAACAAUGGAGAUGACCACAAUCUCUUCAUAUAACAUCAAUACGACAGCUAUGUCUAAAAAUGGAACAUAUCUAGACCCGUAUGCUGAGCUGAGACAGUCUCUUCACAUCAUGUCUCUCAUUGUUUACUGCCUGGCCUUUGUUCUUGGUGUGCUCGGUAACGGAAUGGUUAUCUGGGUGACGGGGUUUAAGAUGAAGAAAACAGUUAACUCAGUUUGGUUCCUCAACCUCGCUCUGGCCGACUUCCUCUUAAUUAUAUCUCUGCCUCUGUCUGUGACAUACCUGGCGUUAGAUUUCCACUGGCCUUUUGGCAAGUUCAUGUGCAAACUCAACAGCACAUUGAAUUCCCUUAACAUUUUUGCCAGUGUCUACAUUCUGGUGGUGAUCAGUGCGGACAGAUAUGUUUCUGUUGUGUGGCCCAUCUGGACACAGAACCAUCGUAAUGUACGCAAGGCAUCCCUUGUGAGUCUGGGUGUUUGGGUUCUGGCUCUGAUUCUCAGCAUACCGUACUUUGUUUUUAGGGACACUGGGCCAGCCUUUAAUAAUGUAGAGGUCAUCGUCUGCUUCAACAAUUUUGCCCUUUCUGGCAACUAUUCUCUGGCACUGUUUCGUUUUAAGGCCAUGACCAUCACCCGCUUCCUCCUGGCAUUUGUUUUCCCCUUCACUGUCAUUGUGUCCUGUUAUGCUGUGAUAAUCCAUCGUCUCAGAAGAAACCGCACCCUGGCCAGCAAGUCAAGUCGCCCAUUUAAGAUCAUUGCUGCAGUCAUUACCACCUUUUUCUUCUGCUGGGCCCCCUUUCACAUCUUCACUCUGAUUGACCUGGUUCAUCAUACAAAUAAUUUUGCGAAUGAAGCACUAGACUAUGUCAUCACCAUUGGGAUCCCAAUAGCAACCAGCCUGGCCUUUUUAAACAGCUGCCUGAACCCACUGCUCUAUGUUUUUGUGGGCCAAGAUUUCAGGGACAAAAUCCGUAAAUCCAUCCUCACAGUACUGGAGACUGCCUUCCAGGAGGAUGAUUCUGGCUCUCACACCAACUCAACUACAGUGAACACCAGUCACAGCAAAGAAAUGCAAAUCCAUAAUACUGAGUUGUAAGACUUUUCAUAACAUAAACAUUACAAAAAUCUAAAUUGAUCGAUAACUUGUUUUUAUAGUUACUUGUCUCUUACGAAUUUGAGUCGAACUGUAAACAUUUUUCAACUUAGUAGUAGUAGUAGUUUAUUCAAUGAGUAUUUAUAAUGUAUCCCCAUUAAGACAUACGUAGAUGUAAUAUUCAAAUUACAAAUAAAAUAUAUUGAGGGAUUCGGUUUAUAGAAUUAUUUCAUCCCAACAGGGUUUGAAGCGCCUUUUCUUAAAAUAGCCCUUGUGCUAGAUAUUUUUGGGGCCCUGUAUAUAAUCUUAAAAUGUGUAUUUCUUGUGCUAUAGAGACCACCCGGCUGUCAUCUUAUAUGUAUAUUAUAGUCAUGCUACACAAUUUAGAAGUUAAUUCUAAUUUAUUUGAUCUGAUUUUUUAUAAAUAACAAAACAAUAGCUUGACUUAAUUAUAGCUGUUGAAAUUAUGAAAUUAUUUCAUUUACCAGUUUAUUUUUUAUACCUUUAAAGUUGUGAAAAAGAUGAGAUCACCAGGAAGUACAGUUAUCAAAGUAAAUAAAUAAAAUACUGUCCAUUUAAUCACAUUAAAACAUCAACUUCACUGCAUGCUUUCCUUUUCGACAAAUAAAAAGACCAUUGAACUUAUUUAAAUAAGUGAACAAAAAAUAAAGUCAAUAAAUAGUGUUUCAUUCAGUAGUUAUGACGUCAUCUUUCUAUAUGCCUUGUUCUGUUCCCAUUGUAUUGAUUGUUGCUGCUUCAAUAUGAAUGUAGAAAGUGAAAAUGAUCAAAUGAGGCAUAAACUAAAGCUGGUAAAUGGUCAAAGAAAUGUGUUUCUUCUAUACAAAGGACGAGCACAUCGGAAUCACUCUUAAAAAGAAAUCAUUUUGAUCAACAUCUAUCUGUCUACCUGUCUGUCCCAUAGACACAUUUUAAGAUUUGUGGUGAUCAUGCGUUUGAGGACAUUGCACCAGACCUUUGUAACUCCCUGCUCAUGUCUUAACGUUCUUCUGACUCCGUUGAGUCUUUUAAAAAGCAGCUGAAACGUUGAUGUUUAAACAGGCCUAUGGGUAACCAUGUCCACCCAGUCUACCUAUUGAUGUUUUACUGUGCCAAUUAUUGUUCCUGGUCAUAGCAGGACUUGAUAAUGUCAGUCCAUGAAGUAUUCGUUUGUUCCUGUUUUUAUUACAUGUGCAUUGUAUUUUUUUUUUAUGUAAAGCACUUUGUAACCUUUGUCUGUGAAAAGUGCUAUAUAAAUAAACUUUACUUCAUUACUUUA